AUGCUAAAGGAAGUUCUUCAGGCUAAAAAAGAUGUGAUACAAGAUGCUAACUUGAAUCUGUACGAAGAGUUAAAGAGAACUAAUAAACAGCAGUUAUCUGUCACAGGAAGUCUUUUCAGAAUAAACUUAGGCCUGCGUGGCCUGGUGGCUGGUGGUAUAAUUGGAGCCUUGCUGGGCACUCCCAUAGGAAGCCUGUUGAUGGCACUCCAGAAGUACUGUGGUGAGACUGUUCAGGAGAGAAAACAGAAGGAUCGAAAGGUGCUCCAUGAGCUGAAAAUGGAAGAGUGGAAAGCCAGACUACAAAUUACUGAGAUCUUCCCUGAAGAAAUUGAAAGUAGCUUACAGAAAAAUCAAUAUGAGGAUGAUGUGAAGAAAAUUGAAGCACUGCUGGAUCUUCCUAGAAACGCUUCAACAAGGGAUACACAAGACAAAGACUGAAAAUGCUCUGGACUCAACACUCACUGGAGAGUUGAUAGGAGCCAUGUUGCCAUGUCUAUUGAAUGCCAGCAGUCAGGCCACUCUUUUGUCAGCCUGCUGACAAAUGUAAGCACUGGUACCUGUGGUGGCAGUCAUUUGCUCUUUUUUUUUUUUUAAACCAAGAAAGGGACUAUUGUACUGUCACUUUACUUAUCCUUAAAUUUAAAAAACACCCUUA